AUGCAGCUGGCGGCCACCGUUUCUGCUGCUGCUGCUGCUGCUGCAGUUGCUGCUGCUGCUGCUGCUGUUGCUGCUGCUGCAGUUGCUGCUGCUGCUGCUGCUGCUGCUGCAGUCGCUCAGCAACAGCAGCAGAAACAGCAGCAGCAACUGUUGCAGCAGCAGUUGUUGCAGCAAAAGCAACAACAACAGAACCAGCAGCAGCAGCAGCAGCAGCAGCGCCAACAGCAGUGGCGGUACCAGCGACAACAGCAGCAUCACCAGCAGCACCAGCAGCAACAGCAGCAGCAGCAGCGACAGCAGCAGCAGCAGCGACAGCAGCAGCAGCAGCAGCAGCAACAGCAGCAGCAGCAGCACCAGCAGCAGCAGCAGCAGGAGAAACAAAAGAAACACAAUAAAAGUUUAAUCCUUACAGACAACAAACUGCUGAGUAUGCGGUGCUGCUCCCCAGACAAGCCUAGCCGAGCAGCAGCUGCAGCAGCAACAGCAGCAGAAACAGCAGCAGCAACUGUUGCAGCAGCAGUUGUUGCAGCAAAAGCAACAACAACAGAACCAGCAGCAGCAGCAGCAGCAGCAGCAGCAGCGACAGCAGCACCGGCGGUACCAGCGGCAACAGCAGCAGCACCAGCAGCAGCAGAAGCAGCAGCAGCAGCAGCGACAGCAGCAGCAACAGCAGCAGCAGCUGCACCAACAGCAACAGCAGCAGGAACAGCAACAGCAGCAGUGACAGCAGCAGCAGCAGCAGCUGCAACAGCAGCUGCAAGAGCAGCUGCAGCAGCAGCAAGCGUUGCAAGAACAGCAGCAGCGAGAGCAGCAACAGCAGCAGCAGCAGCAGCAGGAAUAUUAUAA